AUGUCUAAAGCUUCCCCUGACUGGGCUUCUGAAUCUGAAGCCUCAAGGUCAGACCCCAGUUCGGCUGUAGCAACUGCUUCCAAAUCGACCAAAGAUCACGCUCCCUGGACACCCGAAAUAUCCCAUGAUCAAGGGAGAACAGAUGAAGAAGCUCCUGCGCCUGGGCCGGUUCGAGCCUCUUCAGUUGAGGAGACGGGAAGAUGGACUGCAAGAAGCGGUUUCACCCUCUUUUAUUGA